AUGUCGAAGAUAGGACGCUUGUCGGAAUUCGACAUUUCUCACCCGGAGCGCUGGAACUCCUAUGUGGCCCGGGUAGAAAAUUACCUAAGGGUUAACCAGAUCCGGGAAGACGGCCUGAAAGCGGCAACCCUGCUGUGCGUCUGCAGUCAGGACACCUUUGACGUGGCCAAAAACCUGUCAGAUUAUUCCUUGGCUGUCCAGAAAUUCUCCCUGACACUCCAGUCCUUUCAGUUUGACUUCAUAGGGGACACGCUGACUGAUGAUGAAAUCAACAUUGCUGAGUCCUUUAAGGAAUUUGCUGAGUUGCUCCAAGAGGUGGAACUUGAGCGGUCCAUGAUGGUGCAAAAUGCCAGUAAUUUGUUGAUCAAGCCUCUGGAAAAAUUUCGUAAGGAGCAAAUUGGAUUCACCAAAGAAAGGAAGAAAAAGUUUGAGAAGGAUGGGGAGAAGUUUUACUCCAUGUUGGACCGCCACUUGCAUUUAUCUUCCAAGAAAAAGGAAUCUCAACUGCAAGAGGCUGAUUUGCUGGUUGAUAAAGAGCGACACAUUUUUUUUGAAUCUUCCCUGGAAUACGUGUAUCAAAUCCAAGAAGUGCAGGAGAGCAAGAAAUUCAGUAUUGUGGAGCCUGUGUUGGCUUUUCUUCAUAGCCUCUUCACUUACAACAACCUGACUGUGGAGCUCACACAAGAUUUCCUUCCAUACAAGCAACAGCUUCAGCUCAGUUUGCAAAAUACAAGGAAUCAUUUCAGCAGCACUCGUGAAGAGUUGGAAGACCUCAAGAAAAGAAUGAAAGAAGCCCCACUGACCUGCAAAUUACCUGGCAAAUCGACUAUUGAGGGAUACCUCUAUUCACAAGAAAAAUGGGCACUGGGAAUCUCCUGGGUCAAAUACUACUGCCAGUAUGAGAAGGAAACAAAGAUGUUAAGAAUGACACCCAUGGAGCAGAAACCAGGAGCAAAACAAGGCACCCCUGUCCAUUUGAUUCUGAAAUCCUGCGUGCGAAGGAAGACUGAUUCUAUAGACAAAAGAUUUUGUUUUGACAUUGAGACAGUUGAAAGAUCUGGUCCCAUCACCUUACAAGCUCCCUCAGAAGCCAACCGACGGCUCUGGAUGGAGGCCAUGGAUGGGAAGGAGCCGAUCUACCACAGUCCCAUCACCAAGCAGGAGGAAAUGGAACUGAACGAGAUCGGCUUCAGAUUUGUCCGGAAAUGCAUUAAUGCAAUAGAGACAAAUGGUGUCACCACUGAAGGGAUCUAUCGCACCGUUGGGAGCAACAUCCAAGUCCAGAAGCUCUUGAAUGCCUUUUUUGAUCCUAAGUGCCCUGGGGAUGUGGAUUUCCAGAGCAAUGACUGGGACAUCAAGACUAUUACCAGCUCCUUGAAGUUCUACCUCAGGAACCUCUCUGAACCUGUCAUGACAUACAAGCUUCACAGAGAAUUGGUCUCGGCUGCCAAGUCUGAGAACCUGGAUUACCGGCUGGGAGCCAUUCAUGCCCUGAUUUAUAAACUCCCUGACAGGAACCGAGAAAUGUCUGAGCUCCUCAUCAGGCAUCUGGUCCAUGUGUGUGAGCACAGCCGGGAGAAUCUCAUGUCCCCCUCCAACAUGGGGGUGAUCUUUGGCCCCACCCUCAUGCGUGCACAAGAGGACACGGUUGCAGCAAUGAUGAAUAUUAAGUUCCAGAACAUCGUGGUGGAGAUUCUCAUCGAGCACUUUAACAAGAUCUAUUCUGGGCCUCCUGAAGACAAUGCUGCACCCCCUAUCCCCCCUCCUCGGGUAGCCACUCGAAGACAUAAGCCCAUCACCAUUUCCAAGCGCCCUCUGAGAGAGAGACCCCUCUUCUUUGGAGGUUCUGUGGAAGAAAGUGAAGAAGAGGACAGCUGUGGCCUGACCCCGAAUGGCGUGAUUGCCACCAUCAGCCCUGAUGCUCCUAAGCCACUCCAGCGUAGCCGACUGCAGAGGCCGGGAGAACUUGAUCCAGGAAGGCCCAGCCCAGAGAACCGUGGAACUGGGGAACCCUGUGCAGAGGUGGAUGUAGGAAGGCUGGUGUCCAGGCUCCAAGAAGGAGGAGCAAAACUCUCCAGUAAAUCUGCCAACAGCAUCGUGCCAACUCCCAAUUCUCUGAAGGCCUCCAGCCUACACCCCAAGAAGCCUGCUCCAAGGCCUGCGGCUGGCUGCAAAGAAGGUGAACAUGAGAGCUUCCCCAAAGCUCGGCUGCCCGGAGAGAAGCCGGUCAUCACGCGACCUCCGAUGAGACCCCCAGAUCCUCCCUGCAAGGCUCCCCUGCCACAGAAGGUGGAGGCCAAGGCAGACUUGGUGGUGGGAACAGCAACAGAAGCCCCCUCCUCAGUAGUGGCGUCCAGGGCAAAGUUCUUCGAGACAGCCUCCUUCAGGAGAGGAAGUUCUUCCUGUCCCCAGGGCAGAUUCCCAAAUGAGGAGGGAUGAAAGGCUCCAGACUUCUGCAUGGCUGAGCCUGGACCACCCCAAAUGGAUUUGCAACCCAUGAUGUGUGCUCUAUAAAUCAGCUGUCUCCAACCUCGUCUGUGAGCAUGCCAUUGUGAACAUCUUGCAUUGCUACAAGAGAAGCAAAGACAUUCUUGGGGGGACAAUAGUUCCACCUGCUGCUGUAAGUGUUCAAAAAGACAGAGCAACAAUUGGGCCUUUUGCUCCUUCUCUAUCACUCCGAGCUCCUCCUACUCAUCUCCAGAAAGUGCUGCUUUCUCCUUUGCUAGCGGUUGACCUGGAACAGCCAAGGGGCACAUUGGGUGGUGAGAUACAUCCAUCACGACGGGACUCUUACGGGGUCCUUCUCAAAGAGUUGCUACCUGGGUCUAGGAACUGGGCUGCAAGCAGCUUCUCUGCCUCAGAAGGUUUCUGACUGGGUGGCUUCAAAUGUGUCACGUUUUGUUAUU